AUGGGACACUCCCCACUUCUCUGGGUGAGUGUGGCUCCAACUACACUGGAGAAGCUCGACCCCACCCAGGAGACAGCAGCCCGCUCCAUCGGCGCCUCACCCACCCACCCCACCACCCACACACAGCAGCAGCAGUGUGUACUGUCCACAGGACGCAUUGCAGCAACUCACCGAGACCCCUCAGGAGGCACCUUCCAAACCCACCGCCUCUCCCAGCUGGAAGGACGUGCAGCAAAAGCCCGGGGAACACCCCCUCCACCGGGAGUCGCCCUCCCAGACACACACGUGGGGAACAUAUCACCGUUCCUUCACCGUGGCUGGGUCCAAAUCCCGGGAACACCCUCCCUGACAGCCCGGUGGGUGCAGCCACACCUGAGGGACUGCAGCGCGUCAAGAAUGCAGCUCACCCCCAUCUUCUCCUGGGGUCCCCACACAACCACCCCCCCCCCCACCCCACUGCGGAGCACGUACCUGAGCGGAUUCGGUAGUGGGAUGAUGCCGUGCCACCGGAGGGAGAGCUCGAUCCCGCAUCACCCGCCGCUGUAUCUGGGGCCCAGGGGACCAGGAACGGGGGCGGAGCAGCCGGCAGGGUGGGCAGGAGAGGGCGGGGCGGGGCGGGCCGGGCCGGGCGGGGCGGGCCGGGCCGGCCGGCACGCAGCCAGGACAGACAGGGGCGGAGCAGCCGGCAGGCAGGCAGUCAGUGUGGGGCAGGCAGCCAGGACAGGGGCGGAGCAGCCGGCAGGCAGGCAGUCAGUGUGGGGCGGGCUGGCAGAGCAGGACAGGACAGGACAGGACAGAGCAGCCGGCAGGGAGACUGAUCCCCCUGCACAGACGAUCCCGGACCAACCGAGCUCUCCCAGCGCUGGCAUAAUCAGACAGCGCGGACCUCGGGGUGGGGGGUGGAAACCAUCGAGACCAAGCCAAUCGGGCGUCUGGGCGGGGUCAAGGCUGGGGAAGCAGAACGCCGGCGUUACCAGCCGCAGUGACAGCGGUGCUGGUCGGAAGCCGGUCCUCGGGUCCCGGACACGAGCAGAGGGGAUGCGGGACGGAGCUGUGCCCCCGGUGCGCAGCAUCAUCCCACGGCCGAAUGCGGUCAGGUCUCUGGUGCUCUGUGUGUGGUUGUUACCGGUCGUAGCUGCUGUUGGUCUUCGGGGCACCUGCCGCUUCACCCGGGACACCAGCUCCCUCAGCUGCCCCUGCGUCCCGACUGCUGAGCAGCGUCUGUACCUGCACAACCUGCUGGGAAACUUCCGGGACGUCUGCACCAGGGGCGAGGGGGACCGAAUCUGCUGUCGGAACACCACCCAGGCCAGGGUGGAUGCUGGCGAUGUCCUCCUGAACUACAGCUGGGUUAUCUCUCUCACUGUCUUCUGUGAGAUUGGGGACAAGGCAGGCUCGGGGUGUCCCAGACUGGGCACGGCGGCAGACCAUUUGUCCAGCCCCCCACCGGCGACAUCGCUAGAGGCGGUGUCCGCCGAGAAGGACCGACCAGAUGGAGGAGAGGCGCGGGACGCCACGUCGGGGGCAGCGGGGCUGAUAGCGGCUAUCGUGAUGGUGGUGGUCGGUGUGUGUGUUGCUGUGGUUCUGGUUCUGUGGUGCUUCUGGAAGCAACGCAGGGGAGAACGAUGUCCUGGAUGGAACUGUGUGAAGUGACUACACACAGUACGAUCCCACUAUCAGACUACCGAGACUGAGGAGCAGCUGACAUAAUCAAGAACCGAUCCCGCCCUAAAGUCUGAAAGCACGUACCACCAGGCUGAGGAACAGCUUCUAUCCCACUGUUAUGAGACUCUCGUAUGAUAAAGGGGAACUCCUGAUCUCCGAAUCUGCCUCGUCGUGGCCCUUGCACCGUAUUGUCUGCCUGCACUGCACCUGCUCUGUAACUGUGACACUAUAUCCUGCAUUCUGUUUGCCUUUUGUACUCACUGAUGUGUGGAAUGAUCUGUCUGGAUGGCACACACUCAAAAUCUUUUCACUCUACCAAUUAACAAUAAUAUACUGUGGGUUGUCACCUUGUCGUGGUGGAGAAGCUUCAGUGUGGUCCUGAGAUCCCGAGAGCGAUCACGUCUGGAGCGCUGCUCCUGGUAGGGUCAUCCAUGGCGGUAAGGUCGAUUGUGAGGUCCCCGACAAAGAACAAUCCAACCCAAGACCUCAACGGUGGAACAGGCGGACAAAGUUACUUUGAACUCAACGGCUGUGAAGGCGGACGAGGGCUGCAACAAAUCCAUCAGCUCCAAUCGUCGUGGUUUCCAUGCCAUUGGAAUCGCUUGAUUUGUGAAGUGUCGUGUGCUUUUUGUAGCGCAACAUGAAGUCCACGUUAAACAAAUACACGCAGUCUGUUGGUGGCGUUCAAUGGACUAAGUCAUAACUUGGCUUUGGUCCAAGUACUUUUCAAUCUAUUAUUCACCACCCUUUAAUAAGUCUUUUACAAUACUGGCACAAGUUUCAUCUUGAUUUUUAACUGCUAAAAUGAAUACCAGAUCUAAAGCGGCAGCUAAUGGUAAAGGUAAUGGAGACCAACCUACUUUGGAAGCUGUUUCUAAUCUGGAUAGAAAGUUUGACCGGAGCUUUGCCGAAUUGAAGUCCAUUUUAGAGGACUUUGAAGAAAAACAAAAUAUUCUUAUCCAGGAGAAUGCCAA